AUGACUUCUCAGAAGCAGCAGCCCACCACUUCCGACGCCGGAGUUGUGUCGCGAUCAGCCAGAACCUCCUUUCGUGCUUUCUCCAACUGCCUUCGUGUUAUUUCCUCCGGUGCCUCCACCGUUGCUCGCUCCGCCGCUUCCGCCGUUAACCGUGACAUUGUAUCUCCCAACGAUCAGGUACUAUGGGCGGGGUUUGAUAAAAUAGAGAAAGAGGAUGGCUAUACUCGAAUAAGAGUUCUUCUACUUGCAUUUCACUCUGGCUUUCAAAUUUGGGAUGUUGAAGAUACAGACAACGUCCAUCUCAUUGUCUCUGCGCAUGAUGGCCGAGCAUCCUUUAUGCAAAUGCUACCCAACCCGGAGGCCUUAGACGACAUGUUUUCUGUGAGCCGUCCGCUUUUGGCUGUGUGUGGUGACUCUUCUUGGGAAGAGAACUCGAGUAUAAGACAGAGCGUUUCUGACAACCCUGGAAGCGAAACUGUGGUGCCUACAAAUGUGCAUGUUUACUCGUUAAAAUCUCAGUCCUAUUUGCAUACGUUGAAGUUUCGGUCUAUCAUCUAUACGGUUAGGUGCAGUUCUCGGAUCGUCGCUGUGCUACAAGCAUCUCAGAUACAUUGCUUUGAUGCUAAAACAUUGGAGAAGGAAUACAUGAUUGUCACUAACUCCAUCUCCUAUGGCUCCUUGGGUGUUGGAUAUGGUCCUCUUGCUGUUGGUCCGCGAUGGAUUGCUUACAGCGGAAGUCGUGUUGCUGACUCAAGUUCCACACUUUUCACUCCAGAGCUUAUCACACUGCCAUCGUCAUCGCCUAGUGUUGCACAGUUUGCAAUGGAAUCGAGCAGGCAGAUCGCUUCUGGGAUCUUGAAUAUUGGUAUGAAAAGCGUUGGAGUUACUAAUGACAAUGUGCUAGACGAGGAUCGCAUAGGAAUGGUUAUAAUCAAAGAUAUGAUAAGCAAAAGCGUUAUAGCUCAGUUUAAGGCACACAAGAGUCCUAUCUCAGCUCUGAGCUUUGAUCCAAGCGGCAUGCUUUUGGUGACUGCUUCGAUUCAGGGACACAAUAUUAAUGUCUUUAGAAUAAUGCCGAGAAGCACUGCCUCUUUUGUGCAUCUGUUUAGGCUUCAGCGUGGUUUUACUCAUGCGGUGAUACAAGACAUCAGUUUCAGCAAUGAUAGCGGUUUGAUAGUGAUUAGCUCUUCAAGAGGGACGAGUCAUAUGUUUGAGAUUGAUCCUCAUAGAGUGGGGAAAGCUCCGGUUCCUCUAUCGGCGGUUAAUAGGAUAAGAAGCGGAAACAUCAGCGGAUGGAUGGGAACAAUGAGCGGUGCUGCAGCUGCAGCUGCUGGAAUGGUUGGUGGCUCUCUGACUGGCGCAGCCGCAUCGAGUUUCUGUUACUGCGUUGAACAGAAUAAGAACAACCGCUAUGGUUCUGCUGCUUCUGAUAAUAGCUCAAGGAGGAGUCUUCUGGUUUUUGCUCCUUCUGGAUGUAUGACUCAGUAUCCUGUUGUGGGUAGUAGUCAUGAGGCUGCGUUAGGGUUCGAUUUUGAGUCUGGAUCAGAGAUUGAACCGGUACGAAGGUGGUCCAUGGUACAAAACCAGUCUAGAAGAGAGAUGCAGGAUCAACACAGUGACAUAUAUGGAGGUGGAACAGUUUCUGAUUCUAAAAGUAGAGUGUUUCCUGAGAUUGUUAGGAACCAGAAUGCUGAGGAAUCUUGGAAAGUGACUAAGAAAGAGGAUAAGCAUCAGAUGUACAUGUCUGAAGCAGAAUUGCAAAUGUAUCAGCCGUCUCGGCUACCGUUAUGGGGAAGGCGACAUUUUAGGUUUCAAGAGUUGGUGUUGAAGCGGGAUGAUGAAGAGAGUAGUAAUGGUGGAGGAGGGGAGAUGGAGAUUGAAGGAAUCCAAACUCGAACGAUUGAAGCAAGAACAAGAGAUUUGGUUCCAGCCUGGGGUUAUCUCCACUCUCCAAAAUCACAACAAGUUAUGAAAGAAUCAUUGCAGAGUCCAAGGAAUACUACACUAGGUGAUCAUGUGGCUCCUACAGAGGAUCAUGGAGGAGAGUCCGACCCCGGAGUUGUACAUAGCAAAGAAGGGAGCUCGAGAUCAGAAGAAGAGAGUUCGAGAUCUGAUGAAGAUAGCUACAUUUCAGAAGAAGAGACCCAAAGCAAGUCUGUACAUAAUGAAGAAGGUAUUGCGGAGGUGAAGAAGCUUACUGAAGAUGAGGAUGACGAGGAGAUUCACUAAAAGAAGGUGAUGUUGUUUUUGGGUUUUUUUUUUCACCACAAACUCAGCUUCAAGAUCAACAACAGGAGAACAAAAAUGACUGGAAAAUUGUAUAGAAAAAGAAAAUUGACAUAACUUAUUAGAUGUAAAUAGCAAUAUGUUUUGUUUUUGUUACGGAAUUAUUUUGAUUCA